CUGUGGGUUUAUAGAUUAACUACUUUUUUUCUUUUUUCUUUUUUUUUUUUAUAAUGAAUCUAAAAAGCCGGUUAGUAGCGGAAACCAAAACCGAAACCAUGGGCUAGUUUUUGAAGCUCAGCACCACGAAAUGUAAAACUUUCCCAAUCUAAAACCAGCUGCUCCGCUCUUUGUAUCCUCUCUCUUUCUUCUAUAUCUCUUCUAUCUAUUCCUUUGCCUUCUAUUUCGCUUCACCUUUCUUUUUCUUCUGUUACAUUAUUCAAUUUCUUAAACAAUAGCUUUCGCAGCCUUUUCCCUUUUCCUUCUUCUUUUUUUUUUUUUUAAAACUUCUGUGGGUGUUGAAGAAGAAAGCUUUCAGCUUUAGGUGCCUGGUGAUUGUUACAACUCUGUUGUAGUCAGUUGUUUUACUGGGUAUGUCUCUUUUUCCUGUUCCAACACUUGUAUGAAUCGCUUGCUUGUUUGGAAUUUGUAUCUUUUGUUUCUUUUUAUAACUCAGGAAAAUAAAGUAGUUGUGGCCAAUGACAAUUACCCUUCUCAGGGGUGUUUGAGAUAUCCAAUAAUUGUUGUACAAGCUUUUAAAUUUGCCAUUCUGAAUGGAUACUAGUGGUGUGAGUGGUGGGGUGUUUUCUGGGAUUGGUUCAGGUAUGCUAGGUCUUGAAAUGCCAUUACACCCCCAACAUCAUCAACACCAACAACCCGCUAGAAACCCCCAAGCUGCCCCAAACUUGCAUCAUUUGCAACAAAACCCACAAAUGGUUGGCUUCCCGCAUCAAGAAACUGACCACUCACUGCACCAGCAAUCUGUCAAACAAGGCGGCUACCCUUUUGGUUCCAAAGCCAAACAAACCUCCCCUCUUAGUGAUGAAGAUGAACAUGGUUUCAAUCCUGAUGAUGCCUCUGCUGAUGCUAAGAGAAAGGGUUCUCCAUGGCAAAGGAUGAAAUGGACGGAUAGCAUGGUUAAGUUGCUUAUAAUGGCGGUUUAUUAUAUUGGUGAUGAAGGUGGAUCAGAAGGGAAUGGAUCAGACCCUACUGCCAAGAAAAAGGCUGGUGGGUUGUUGCAAAAGAAAGGGAAGUGGAAGUCGGUUUCGAGGGCUAUGAUGGAGAAAGGGUUUUAUGUUUCACCCCAGCAAUGUGAAGAUAAGUUCAAUGAUUUGAAUAAGAGGUAUAAGAGGGUUAAUGAUAUACUGGGUAGAGGGACAGCUUGUAAAGUGGUGGAGAAUCAAAGCUUGCUUGAUUCCAUGGAUUUGUCUCCCAAAAUGAAGGAAGAAGUUAAGAAAUUGUUGAAUUCUAAGCACCUGUUUUUCAGGGAGAUGUGUGCUUAUCAUAAUAGUUGCGGCCAUGUUGCAACUGCUGGGGCUCAUCAAUCACCAGUAGUGGCUACGGAGAUAUCCCAGACUCAGCACCAGCAAGCUCAAUGCCUCCAUUCCUCGGAAAAUGCUCAAAUUGCCGGUAGAAUUGAGACAGAGGCAUCGAAACUGUCUAAAGUGGGGAGUGAAGAAGAGGAUGACGAUGAAGAUGAGGACGAUGAGGACGAGGAUGAUGAUGACGACGAUGAUGAUGAGGCAGUGGAUGGUCACUCAAGGGGCCAAAAUGGACAUGGGAAGGAAGAUGAUGAAGAUAACAAUGAAAAGCCAUCACAUAAGAGGCCCAGGAAGGGAGCAUUUUCAAUGUCACCGUCGCCCUUGAUGCAACAAUUGAGCUGUGAAGUGGUGAACGUGAUACAAGAUGGGUCAAAGAGUGCUUGGGAGAAGAAGCAUUGGAUGAAGAUGAGGCUAGUGCAAUUGGAAGAGCAGCAAGUGAGCUACCAAUACCAAGCAUUCCAGCUGGAGAAGCAAAGGCUCAAGUGGGUUAAAUUCAGCGGCAAGAAAGAAAGGGAGAUGGAGAGAGCAAAGCUGGAGAACGAACGAAGACGGCUCGAAAAUGAGAGAAUGGUGCUGCUUGUUAAGCAAAAGGAAUUGGAAUUGGUUGAUGUUCAGCAGCAACAUCUGUCUCAGCAGCAUUCUUGUAGCAAGAGGAGAGAUCCGUCUAACAUAAGUGGAUGAAAAAUAGAGAUUUUAGUUUUAGAUUUUAGAUAUAGAUACUUAAAUUACAUGAAAGGUUGUUCUCUGCUUUUGUAUUGUCAAAAUUUUUGUUUAUGAACAAACAUCUAUGUUUUCAAACAUAUGAAUUCUGUGUUUGAAUUAUUGUUUUCAAUCUUGUAUUGCAAACAGGUGUUUUGGCUCAUAUGAACAAAUUUUACCAUAACAAUUUUAAACUUCUUGCUAACAA